GCCGGAUGAGAAGGAAGACUGAUAAACAACAGAAAUGUCAGUGUUGGGCUGGGUGGCCUGACUCCCUGACUCACCUUACUCACUUGUCCCAUUCGAUUCCUCACCAGGCUCAUCUGCCUUCCCCUGCAUGACCCAUCUAGCUCCCUUGACUCACUUGGCUCAUUUGGGUCUCCUCAUUCUCCUGGCUACCAGGCUCCACAACUAGGUGAAUGCUCACUCCCCUGACUCUUCCAACUACCCACAAUUGCUCAAAAUGUCCAGUGCAGAAGAUUGUAUUAACUGUGCGGCAGACGUGGCAAGACAGGCAACCCAUUUUGACACUAUUGGAAGUCAUCAGGCCGCCAUCUACAUGUACCGCCAGGCAGCAGAGUAUCUUAGUCGGGCCACAACCUUGGGCAUGUGUAAUCCAGCUAUCCUAGACCGAAUUCAACAGUACAAAAAUAGAGCUACUGCUCUAGAACAAAAUGAAACUCAAGUUCAGUCGACUCAAAUUACUAAGGAGGGAGGUCAGAGUGAACUUAGCCGAGCUAACUUCCUGCUCUUGGAGGCACUGGAUGAAGACGAGGCUGGUAAUGCUGAAGAAGCUAUUGACCUUUACUCCAGUGCUGUUCAACUUUGUCUUGAGGCUUGCAAAAAUGCCAGCAAUGCCAGAAUAACAGACAAGUUGCGACAUUUAGCUGAGCAAGCAUUAACUCGAGCUGAGGUUCUAAAAGCCAAGGAGACUGGAGAAGAAGCAGCAGGUGUGGCUGAGAACAAAUCAUCAAACAAACCACAACAUCGUAGAGUUUCUCCGACCCGAGUCAUCCCGCCUCUGGGCAUCGGUAACCUGGUCGACUCCAAACCUCAAGCUCAAGGCAGACCCAAUGUGGUGAACAAAGGUGGCCUUCAGCUAUCUGGGAAAUCUGAAUACACAAAGGAGGAAGUGGAGGUAUUAAGAAGGACUUCUAACAUCAAUGGACGAAACUAUGUUCCAUUUUUGGCCAUUGAUCUGAAAGAAAAAUUUGCUUUUUCUUUGCCAUUUGCUGAUAAAGAUGGUUUGCUUCCUCUAGCACCAAAACAGAAAAAAAACUUUGCAAGAUGGGCACGCCCUGAGGAUAUAUCCAGUGAUCCCAAAAUGAUUGAAGUAGUGGAUUACUAUAGUAUCAAACAGACUUGUGUUUCUGAUUGUUCCUUUGUGGCUUCUGUCGCCAUCAGUGCUCUCUAUGAGAAAAGAUUUAAAAAAAGACUAAUUACAGACAUAAUUUAUCCUAAGAACCGUAAUGGUGACCCUGUCUAUAAUCCCUGUGGGAAGUACAUGAUUAAACUCCAUAUAAAUGGAAUUCCAAGGAAAGUAAUCAUUGAUGACAGAUUGCCUGUUGGUCCCCAUGGUGAGUUGCUGUGCUCCUAUUCAACUAAUAAGAAUGAAUUUUGGAUUUCUCUUGUCGAGAAGUCGUACCUGAAAGUCAUGGGGGGUUACGAUUUUCCUGGCUCCAAUAGCAAUAUUGAUCUUUAUGCUCUUACUGGCUGGAUCCCAGAGCGUGUGUCUAUCAAAGAUAAAGAUUUCAAUAAGGAAGGAACAUUUCGGAAGAUAGUUGACCGCUUCCAUCGUGGUGAUGUGUUGGUCACCGUUGCAACCGGAGAGAUGAGCGACGCUGAUGCUGAUCGAGCUGGCCUUGUUCCUACUCAUGCAUAUGCAAUGCUGGACAUUAAAGAAAUAAAGGGAAAACGGUUGCUGAUGUUGAAGAAUCCGUGGUCUCACUUACGUUGGAAAGGAAACUACUCUGAAAUGGAUCAAGAACAUUGGACUCCAGAAAUGUGUAAACUCCUUAACUAUGACCCAAAGAGUGCUCAAACAUUUGACAAUGGAGUAUUUUGGAUAGAUUAUGAUAGUUUAUGUCAUUUCUAUGAUGUAAUUUACAUGAACUGGAAUCCUCGCCUAUUCUCCCACACAUACUGUAUACACGAAACGUGGAAUGCUGGUGCUGGCCCAGUCCGAGACUUGUACAACAUUGGGGAGAACCCACAGUAUUCUCUUGAAGUGCAGUGUGCGGGGGGAACAGCAGUCUGGAUACUUCUCACCAGACACAUCACUGAAAUAGAAGACUUCCGCAAUAACAAAGAAUACAUAACGCUCCUUGUAUACAAAACUGGAGGGAAGAAGAUCUUUUAUCCCUUUGACCCUGCUCCAUAUAUUGAUGGUGUACGCAUCAACAGUCCGCAUUAUUUAUGCAAGAUGGUUCUGAAGGACGCUGGGACACACAAGUUUACACUAGUAGUAUCUCAGUAUGAGAAACACCAAACCAUACACUACUCCCUACGAGUUUAUUCUACUUGUCCCUUUUUAUUACACAAAAUCAAGAAUCUCUGCAAACAUAAACAUGAGAUCACUGGGAAGUGGAGUGGGGAGACUGCUGGUGGCUGCCCUAAUCACCCAGCAUCAUAUAAGAACAAUCCAGUUUAUCAAUUCAGAGCUGAAAGUGAUUUGAAUUGCCUCAGAAUUGAACUCAAAGCUCCUAAGGACAUUCAGAUUGGUUUUGAGGUUGUAUGUGUGGAAGCUAAGAACACGGAAGCUAGCGGAUAUUUCAGUAAGAAACAAUCAGGAGCAUACAGGUCUGGAUUUGUGGUGAUGGAGGCAUUUGAUAUUGUUUCAGGCGUUUACAAUAUCAUUCCCAGCACUUUUUACCCCAACACAGAAGCUCCCUAUUUUCUCAACCUCUUCUCCUCAGCCCCAGUCAAGCUCAAUAGACUUAGGUAAACUCCAUGAAGGGUAAGAGGUGUAGGGAAGGGAAGUAGUGUUUUUUAAUUUUUAAUUUUAUUUUAAGUUAUGGGGAUAUGUGACUUCCCAUGUGGAGAAGUCACAUACUAUGUGACUUCUAUAUGAGCAGGAUAUUUACUGUGCUGCAUGCCAAGAACAAAUUUUACUUCUGAAUAUUGUACAAUUAUUAUACAAAGGUGUGCAUUAUUUAGAUUUCUUUUUAGAUAUAAGUAUGUGAUCUUACAGCAAAAGAAAUUAACAUGGAUAGAUGGAUGUAUGAUGGAGAAAUUGAUGGAUGGAUGGAUGAGAUUUAACAGUGCUUGCAUCCCCCUCACAAACUAGGAGCAGCACCUCAUAACCUUUAAGGAUGCUAAAGAUAUCAAAGAGUAUGAUUCAUCAAAAUUAUUCAUUUUGAUGAAUCCAAAGGAAUUUCAGAAUUACAUGACCACUUGCUAAAUUGCUACCAAAAACAUAUAUUUUAUGAGACACUUAAUCCCUGGUAUGUGUGUGUGAGCCACAUCUCGUCAUAUUUCAUUUACAAGCUGCCGUGUAUCUCCGUUGUACAGUAUGUGAUGCUGCAGCCUUUACAGGCAGGUCGUCUACAAUAAAAUCAUCUCCCAACUUAGUGCUUCUCUUCAUCGGCGUCAGAAGUUCAUGCUCUCUUAAACCGAUUAGUAUUCCAAAGAAAAAACAGUUUCCCAGCCCCAGUAUAAUACAAAUAUGGACCAAUUAAUGGGGGCAAUCGAAAUGAAUUUCAUAAAGCAUUUUUUGUUUUCAUUAUAAAUACCCAGAGGUCACUGAUGAGGGCUAACCCAGGGUUCAGUAAUGAGAGCUUUGCUUUAAUUUUUUCUUAACAAAAUUUAUAAAAAAUUUAGUUGUAAACUAGUUUUUAUUUAUUAUGGUAAAGCAGUAUCUGAACUACUCAGUGUGAAAGUAUUCAGUGACCAGUGUGCUUGAGAGUGCUUCUACAUCAUCCUACAUUGCUUGAGGCUGACAGCUACAGAGGACUGUAUACUGUCUGUAUUGUUAUGUUUGCUUAUGUGUGAUAUUUUAUACUUUGGGUGCAGAGUUGUAGGGUAUUCUAUUUUUUCAGAGAAUGGUACCAUAUCUGUUUACACCCAAUUUUAAAUUUGGAAUGCAGCUUUUUAAAUCUGGAUUAUUUUUUGUUUAUUACUACUGUGAUAUCAAAUUAUUUUGAUGUAUAUUAUAGAAUGUUUCUCUUAAAUUAUAACAAAUUAUUUCUUUAUAACUUGAAAAUUCCAUCCAAAGUUUGAUGUUUUUAUAUAUUGUAUAUUAUAUCAAUGUAUUUCUGUAUAAUAAACUUCAUUUUAAGAA